AUGGAGAGCGCAACAGGACCUCGUGAUGAAUGGAAGGCAAAGAAAUCAGACGAAGACUUGAUCCGAGGCUGGGCGGGCUGUCGCGAUGGCUCUCGCUCUGCUCAGCUGUGGACGGCGUCGCCUUUGUACGAGCGAGGCAAGAUCAAUGCUUGCGCAGAUGACGAAAAGGAAAUCGAAACGAAAACAGGCGCAGAACUAGGAGCCAGGAGAAAGAAGGUCGACUUUUUCUUCAGCUCUCGAGAUGAAGAGGAGCAAGCCGCGACAAAGAUGGCGCGGCAAGACAACUGCGAGGAUUUGCAAUGCCACAGACCGUUCAAGUCCAAAGUGGUGGAGGAGCAGUAG